AUGAGCGGCCCGCCGCCGCCUCCGCCGCCGCCGCCUCACGGUGAGUCGCCAAAGACGACUUCUGGUUCUGGAUCGGGCCUGCCGCCCGGCAAGUACGAUGUCUUCAUCAUACCCGAGCACUCGGCCGGCUCCGGCUUCCUCUACCUGCCCUCGCUGCGCACAAACACAAAUAGCUUCAUCGCCGGCUUCGCCUCGGCCCUCAUCAUGGUCGUCCUCGGCCAGAGCAUGGCACCUGCCUUCCAGGCAUGGUGGGCCAACUUCCAGGGGAUGGGCAACGCCGGCAUGCUCCUGCUUGUCAUAGCAGUCGGCCUCGGAGCAUGGUCUCUCGGCCGGCAGUCCACGGACGGCACCGGACGCGACGGAGCGGGAGGGGGAGGGGGUUUCUAUUCCGGUGGAUCUUCGAUGCCCGGUGGUGGUGGCUUCAGUAGUGCUGGAUCCAGCCCCCACAGCACUCAUCACGGGUCUCCCCCCGGCACCGGCCCACAUCCGGAUGCCCACUCCCCCCCGCCUCCACCAGGUGGGUCGAAACCCAGUGCGAAACAGUCCAAUGGCUCGUAUCAGCGACCGCCCCAACCACCCCCUCAACCCGACUCAACUAAACCACAGGCAGAGACACCCAAGAAUUCAUGGCAGAAGGCGAGGGACGAGGUCCGCCGCAAGGAGGAGGAGCGCAAGGCCAAGGAGGCCGAGGAGAAGCGCCGCGCCGAAGCCGCUCAGAGGCUGAAGGAGCUUAGGGAGAAGGAAGCACGAGAGCGAGCGCAACGAGAGGCAGAGAGGCAGCGUCGAGAACAGGAUGCCAAAGACAAGCUAGCCCAGGAGCAGGCGGCAAGAGACAAGGAGGCCAAGGAGAAGGAAGACAAGGACCGCAGGGAGAAGGAGCAGAGGGAGGCUCGUGAGAAGGAGCUCAGAGAGCGCCUCGCAAGGGAGCGGGAAGAGCGGCGAAAGAAGCUCGAAGAGGACAGGAGGCGGAGGGAGGAGGCGGGCAGCCAGGCUCGCAGCACAUCGUCCUAUGCCUACUCGGGCGUUGGCGAGAAGACGAGCCCCUGGCCCAACGGCAAACCACCCACGCCAUCAUCCCCUACUAAAAAACCCCCUCCCCCAACAGCAAAAACCUUUGUCGGCGACGACUCCGACGCCUACUCCUACCGGCCUUACGACCAGCCGAAUCGCCCGGCCCGCCGCGCGUCCAAGUCCGACAUGUCCGAGUCUUCGUGGGCUCCGUCCCAGUCGACGGCGCGUACGUCGCCGCCGCCGUCUGUCCGCGGUCCCUACUCAACCAAGGACCCUGACAAGAUCGUCAUCAAGGCGGUCUACUGCUUCAUGAAUCAGUUCGCCAAGACUCCGGCCUCGCAGCUCGUCUCUGGGGUCGGCACCGUGACGGAUGGCCUCAUCCUCCGGAUAACUACAGAGGGCCUGUUCAUCGACGACGACAUCCGCGGCGUUGCCCAGCGUGAGUGGGACGUCAAGGCGUGGACCCUCAAGAUGGUAGAGGUAUGGUGUCCCGUGCACUUUUUGACUGGUGCGAUUGCUGCGAAUUCUCCAUCCCCGACCGGUUCGAAAUCCUCGUCCAAUCCUGCUUUGAGUGCGAAUCACAUCAGUACUGCUUUCUUUGCCAAGGUGGUGGGAGGAGGGGCCAGGCUCCGUGCUGCGGAGAGGGGCUCGCCAAAGUCGCUGUCGGGCGACGAGGCGGAUGCCUACCUCGCCGACGUGCUGCGCUCGUGCAAGGACUCCUGCCGCCUAGGCGACUGCGCGUCCAAGUUUGCUGCUUCGAAUCUGCCCGGCUCUUCGGGUUACAACGACGACGCCUCCAGCGUUACGUCCGGCUCGACCCGCGUGACUAACAGCACGGCACAGACUGGGGACUGGAAGGCCAAGGGGCUCCAUCUCCUCCGAGCGACGAUCCGAGACCAGGAGGGCAAGAGAUAUAUGUUUGUCAUCGGCGAGGAGGACGGCUGGAAGGUCGCCGUGGGACUGCAGCGCCUGAGGCGCGGCACUCAGGUCCGGGCCUUGGGGGUUGCGGGACUGAGCGGCCUCGAGACAAAGAGCACGCUCGAGAUGCUUGGCUGGGGCUGA